UGACAAUGGCAGCUUUUAUUUGGAUGUUGAUUUUGCUCUUUUCCUUCCGGGCUUGUCCGGUUGUUUGUGACCCUUUUCUGUGGGUCCCCACUGGAAGAUGUUUUAGACUUGUGGCAGGCUUUGGGGCCUUGCUCUGGGCCGACCCCAUAUGGAUGGAGUUUUACCCACGAGGGGAUGGGUAACUUUGGGUGCUUCAUUUAGAAACUAGACUCUUUGCCUUACCUGUAUUGUUUCCUAGUUUUAUUAAAGUUCCUUCCCAUUAAAGUGUCAUAUGUUUUGUGUUGAUGCGGCGGAUGGCAGAACCCAUUUAGAAUAGGCAGGUUUGCGGGGUUUGGGCUGCCCCUCUCCCUGUCCUAUAACAGAUUUGGCGUCCAACGUAAUUUAGGACAGAGCCAUCCGUGGUUAGUCAGCCCCAUGGGGAAAUUGGGCUUCCCUGUGGCGCUGGCUACCAUAAGCGCAAAUGUGAUUUUUGGUUUCUCCGGUGUGUUUGUUUCAUAUGUCGAUUUCUGUUAAAAAACUGGCUUGGGCUUUGUGAAGAUUCUGUGUGUUUGUGUGUAAUUUGUUUGUAGUGACUUGCUAAGAAAUUUUGAUUUUGUGGAAAUUGUUCUGUGCCAGUUUUACUCAAAAGAUUAGGCAGUACAUUGGACCAUGUGGCCAGAUCAAAGAUGGCGUCUGAGGCCACUUGGAACUUUUUUUUUCUUUCUUUUUGUAAUCUCUGCUGUCUCAUUAGCAUUUCUAAAGGCAAUAAUGGUUCUUCAGUGGUAUGUUGCUUUGUCUUUGACUACUUCCUGCCCUGUGUCUGACCGGUUUUGCAAGCCAACUGUGGAGCGGUGGUGUUUUUAAUUACCAAAUGUAUGCCUGGGUGUUAAGGAAACAGUAGCCUUAAGCAGUAACUGGUAAUUGCUAGUAUCCUUCAUGGAUUCUUGGAGAUAACUUGAAUUUUUGCAAAGUCUGGAUCAGAAAAAUUAACAAGAUUUUGUCUGAGUCUUGAAGGAUUUGCUACUGUGAAUUUUGUCUACACAAUUUGUUUUGGGCAUGUUUGCCAUUUUAAAUACUGGAUUUGUUCAAUUGCUGGUGUAAGACAAGAUUCUAAGUUUCUGCUUCCUACUGAGGAAGGUCUGUUGUGGAAAGCACUCUUUAGGGUGCAUCAUGUAACUGUACCAGGUUUUCAUACCUGUGUUGUUGUUGCCCCUCCCUAGUGUGGGGGAGGUGUAAUCUGUGCUUAGAUGUUUAAUCUGCUCUUUCAGCUUCUGUCCCAGAGUGGCUAACAAAAGUAAGGAGAUGACUCCUUUUAAUUGAAAGUUAAUUACUAAUAAUUUGAUUUUGCUUUUUCAGGUUCUAUUCCAGGAAACCCAAGGAGUGCCUGCUUGGUGGCUAACAAGAGAUGACUCCUUUUGCUUAAAAGUUAACUGUUAUUUUUAUUCUUUCAGUUGCUGUACAGAAUACCCCAGGAUUGACUUCUAACAAAAAGUCUUCAACACUGAAAACCCUAAUGUGAUAAACAAGGUCGUGUAACUCUUGUGAUUAAUAAAACUUUUCCUUCCUAUUUCCAAAGUCUUAGGUUUGUAGGAUGACAACCGCAAAUUUUUCUGCCAGCAACACUCCACAUUUUUUUUGGACUUUGACAUUUUUUUUCUAAGCCUAUGGAGUAAAACUGCAGUUACAUAACAUAUUCUACAUGGCAUAAAAAAAAAAAAACUGUCUUUGUCUAUAUGUUGUAUGUCUGUAUGUCCUUCUGUCUGUCUUGACCUCCAGUGAUUGACAGAUUGGUAUACAUGGUGCCCAUAGACGUUAUACUUUUUUUAACAAUGGAUGAUUUCAUACAAGUUAAUUCUGUCUCAGCAUGAGAUGUUUAGUCAUACCUAAGACAUCUACUUCAUCAUUCAGGUACAUGUGAUCCAUGUUCCAUGGCAUGGGACACUAAGCAAUCGCAAGGUACUGAUUACAGGAAUCUAAAUCUACACAAUUAUUUUUGAUUACACAGAACAGCAUUUCUUAAGCUAGUUUUUCUGGUUUCGUUUCCAAGACCACUAAUUAUCAGAAAGUAUUAAUGUUUAACUACUGGUAUAUUUUACUUUUGGUGAACAAUGUUUUUUCUACGUAAGCAUUUUAAUUUUUGUGGUAUUGACUCAUGUGAGAAGUACUAUGAUUAUUUUGAAACUAAUUGGCCACACAUUAUUGUCUUUAUCAUGCAUUUCCUGAAACAGAUUUCACACAAAAUAGAAAAAGUAGAGUCAGUAAGAAAAGAGUAUAAUUAUAGACUGGUUGCUAUGUUGCUUCUUCUGCAGGAACAAUGACCAACUGGUUAAUAGUUAAACCGCUUUGUUGGUGACGCCAUCAGGCAGCAGCCAUGUUCUCAGCCAAAAGAAGGGGUUUUUCACUGCGGGCUUUCCGCCUGGAUUCGGCUUACAGGCAUUUCACUGGCGUUCAGCGGCAGAGGCAGCCGCACCCAGGCCCUUGCUAACGCCAGUUCCUUUGGCGCCCAUGUCCAUCUUCCGGCCUCUCCUUGCCCUUCCUGGAAGGAUCCUCAGACCCUGAAUGAAAAUUCCAAGGACGGAGCAGCUCUGAGGGCUGCUGCUCUGGGUGUCUCGUGCAGACACGCAACGAAACCUUGGCUCGGGGCGUGAGGACAAGACCCCCCACUCGCCAUGUGCUGAAAGGCAGGCGUGGACCAUGCAGCCAGCACUCCGGGUCUUUUCAACAGCAGCGGGAGAGCUGCUGGCCUGAGUCCAGCUGAUCUUGUUUUAGAAUGAAACCGUCUCCAGGAUGUCCACCGAAGACCAGGACACAGAUCAAAGGAUUUUCUGUCACCUUCUAUUCAGUCACUUUAAAAGACAUAAACUGGGGAUUUGCCAAAAAGAUGCCCAAAGAAAGACAUUUCCUCUCCUUGAAACCCUCCAUGACCGGGGGUUCAUCAGCGACAACCUGUAUGAAGAUUGUCAAGAAUCGUGUAGAAACCUGGUUCCUGUACAAAGAGUGGUGUACAAUGUCCUCCAUGAACUGGAGAAGAAAGCUGAUGGGAGAUUUCUAGAAGCAUUGUUCAGCGAGAACAACAUGAAGGAGUACCCAGACUUACGCUAUGUUUUUGAAAAUGUGAUCAGCAGUGAUGACUCCAGUGAUGGAGAGGAGCUGCCAGAACCCUCCACCUCAGCGCAGAAAAGGGGGCCUGCAGAAGACAGUGAUACCAGUUUAGAAAUGUCUGCUGAAGAAUCACCUCAGCAAGCAUUGAGCUCCCCAGCAAGAAGUGAGCCAGCAGAAGACAGUGAUACUGAUUUAGAAACAUAUGAUGAGGAACAGCUCCAGCAAGCAUUGAACUCCCCAACAGAAAGUGGAUCAGAGUUACCAGCCCUUGAAAAAGAGACAUGUCCGUGUGUAAUGUGCUCCCCCAAAUGUGUGCCAGCAAGUUGGAAAGCAGGGCCUGAACAUAGCCAAGCGUGUGACAUGAUAGGCACUGUAGACCUUGGAACCAACUCUACUUUGGCAAGAGUCAAGAGGAAGAGAAAAAAAAAGAAAGGACAUUCCUGGACAAGAAUUAAGAGAAUCCGGAGAAACACACAAAAUGCUAAGCGCACCAAGAGAAAUAGAUCAAGAAAUCACAGACAUGAAAAUGUGGAUUUUCACUCUCAAAUACUGCCUGUGACCUGUGGUGAGGUGACAGGGAUGUUAUAUAAGAGGAAAUUGCAACGAGGAACCUCUGUACGGUGUAUACAAUGUGAGGAUGGAAAUUGGCUCACCCCCAGGGCAUUUGAAGUCAAAGGAGGCCUUGAAAGAUCAAAGAAUUGGAAGAAGAGUUUGCGCUGUGGUGGGAUACCCCUGCAAAUGCUGAUAGAGGAUGGAUUUCUAGAUAAACCUCCAAGAAACUAUAACAGGAGAGGAAAGGGGAAAACACAGAAUUCUUUCGGUUAUCCCUCAGUUGAUCCUUAUCCAGAAAACUCUAACACGUGCGAGGUGUGCGGGGCCAGAGGGCUGCUGCUGUGCUGCGACACUUGUCCCAGGUCCUUUCACAAAGACUGUCACAUCCCCCUUGAGGACACGGAGAGGGACCCGUGGAGCUGCACCUUCUGCGAGGUGAAUGAGUCCUCGGGAAGCCAGCCGCGUCGGGGGGAGGCCGAGGUCCUGGCAAGGCCGAUGCAGCCCGAGGAGCAGUUGAAAUGUGCCUUGCUCCUCAUGAAGGUCUAUGGCCAUUCCGAAAGCUCCUUUUUUAAGAGGAUUCCACAUUAUUAUUAUAUUAAGGAAGUUUCUCAAAAACUGAAGGAACCCAUGUGGUUGGACAAAAUCAAGAAGAAGCUAAAUAAGCAGGGAUACUCCCGAGUGCAGGAGUUUGUGCAGGACAUGCGCCUCAUUUUCCAAAACCACAAAGUAUCUUACAAGAGCGUUAACUUUGGCCUAAGGGGACUUAAACUGGAGGCAGAAUUUGAGAAGAAUUUCAAGGAAGUGUUUGCUAUUCAAGAAACAACUGAGGACAGCCCCCCAGGGGAGUGACCGCCCUGGAUGCCCUCAGAAAUCUCUGGACAGAUCUCAGAAUGGUCCUUCAAAAUCAACAAAAAACUACGAACCAGAGACACUUUUAAG